UUUUAAUAUCUUAAAAAGAUUUAAUAUAUAUCAAAAGUUUAUUUUUAGUUUUAAGAUUAUUAUAAAAUGAAUCAGUUCUUCUAAGAUUUUAAAGAGGCUUUUAAGGAAUUUAGAUUUACAAGUCCUGAUAUAGAUAAUACUACUCCAGCAUAGAGAUUUUUAAGGGGAAUUAGGCCAAUUAUUUUGACUUCUACUUUUGUGUUAAUUAUAGGGAUUAUGAAUUAAAAUAAUAAUGAAUAUAAAGACACCAAAAAAUAAAAGGAUGAGUAUUUUGAAGAAGAUUUUGUGCAAGAACAUUAUAGCAAACUAAGAGCAUAUAUGAGACCUAUAUUUCUUAGAUAUCUUGAUUUGAAAAUUGAAUAAUAGCCAUCAGAAAUCUAAUAAGCACCCACUGUAUAAUAAAUUUAAUAAGAAAGUCCUAAAAAAUGA